CUUCAGCAGUCUUCUCUAUGAUACCUGUAUUUAUCACCUGUGUCAAAUAUGCGGUGGAUGCAGUUGUUCCACCUCUAACCUUGAGUGUGGAAGCAGAUUUCGUAUUGUUCGAUCAUACAUCUAGUUUUUGGGUAUGGCUACCAACGGCGUUGGUGAGUUCUAUGGAGAUGCUAUUGCUCACUUUGAUGGCAUGUGUACAGGACAGUUUCAACUGGUGCAUGGUGUAUCAAGUUUCACGUUUGUUCAGCAUCAUUCGUAUGAAGGCCAGUAGAUUGGACGAAUUAUUGGAAAGCGAAAUUUUUGGUGAGAAAUUGGAGGAGAUCGUGAGGAUGCAGGAUGUUGCGUACAGAAGUGCCAAACAGUUGAAGAAAGUUCUCAGCCCAUUGUUGCUACUACUUUAUGGGACUUGUGUUGUCUCACUUUGUAUGACAAUGAUGGUUCUAACAAUAGCGAGAGGAGAUCGGCAACUACUAACCAAUAUGAUCAUUUUGGUUUGGUACAUAUUUUUCCAAAUAUUCUCCUACUCGGUGCUGGGCACAGAGCUGAUGAAUGCGAGUACAUCCGUUGCGGACGCUGUGUAUAGAAUCCAUUGGUACAAACGCCGAAUCGCCGAGCAGCGUUUGUUAUUGAUCGUUAUGAUGCGAUCGCAACGCGGAGCGAGUUUAACGGCGACUGAUUUUUUCAUCGUUAACAGAGCGAGCUUUGGUAUGGCGCUUCGUUCGGCAUUUUCGUACUUCACUGUUCUAAGACAGUUCUAUGCGUCAAAGUGA